AUGACUGCCUGUGCCAGGACAUUUACUCGCCAAUGUCGAGGAUAUGCGACCAGCGUGAAUGUGAAGCCACGGCAGCUGAAUCUGCCAAUCGACUUCAAAACAACACCCCUGCUUCAUCAUACUUCGCAGACGUUUCAAAAUACAGGUCUUCCCCAUGAAGGGCCAUCAAAACGGAUGAACCUGUUCCAAGCUGUCAAUGACGCUCUAGCGACCGCUCUGAGAACAUCGAACAAGGUACUCUGCUUCGGUGAAGAUGUUGCGUUCGGAGGCGUCUUUCGCUGCACAACCGGGCUACAGGCUGAGUUUGGUGCGGACAGAGUCUUCAACACCCCCUUAACGGAACAGGGCAUUGUGGGUGCAGCCAUUGGGAUGGCUGCUGAAGGUCGCAAGCCAGUCGUCGAAAUUCAGUUUGCGGAUUAUGUGUUUCCGGCCUUUGAUCAGAUUGUGAACGAGGCAAGCAAGUUUCGCUACCGGGAGGGCUUGACAGGGAGCAACCUUGCGGGCAUGGUGGUUCGAAUGCCUUGUGGAGGAGUUGGCCAUGGCGCAUUAUACCACAGCCAGUCGCCCGAGAGUCUUUUCUGCCAUGUCCCUGGGAUGCGAGUGGUCAUCCCCCGUUCGCCCUCUCAGGCAAAGGGACUUCUCCUGGCCUCGAUUCUGGAGUCAGAGGACCCAGUCAUAUUCAUGGAGCCUAAGAUUCUCUACCGCGCCGCUGUGGAAGAGGUCCCUGAAGCAACAUACACACUACCAUUGAGCAAGGCAGAGGUUCUCAAGGAAGGGUCCGAUCUGACUAUAAUCUCCUACGGUCGGCCUCUCUAUACCUGUCAGGCCGCCAUUGAAGCUGUGGAACGAGAGAUCAAGGGCUUAAAUAUUGAACUCAUCGAUCUAAGAACGGUAUAUCCAUGGGACCGGCAGACGGUGAUUGAUAGUGUGAAAAAGACCGGCCGCGCCAUCAUUGUGCACGAAAGCAUGGUUAAUUUCGGAGUUGGCGCAGAGGUCGCUUCGACAAUUCAGGAUAAAGCCUUCUUCCACCUCGAGGCUCCAGUUAAGCGGGUUGCUGGCUGGUCUACUCACACCGGGCUCGCGUGGGAGAAGUAUAUCUUGCCCGAUGUAACACGGAUAUACGACGCCAUUCAUGAAACCAUGAAUGUCUAA